AUGCACAAAAUUCCCAGUGGUCUUCUUGCCCUCUUGGUCUUCGCAGUAGCAGUCACUGCAGCUUCACCAGAGAGCUCCCAUAAUUCCAGCUCUGCAUCUUCGAUCAAGAACUUGAAGAGCAAGAUCAAAAAUGUGGUCAUACUGGAGAUGGAGAACCGGGCUCUGGACAACCUACUCGGCGGACAAAACAUGAAAGGUCUAGAGAAUCCUAUCAAUAACGGACCUUUCUGUAAUCCCACUGCCAAGGACUACGACUCUAUAUUGGAUGAUCCUGGUCACUCUAUGACGGGUAACAAUAUCGAGUUCUACGGCAAAUUUACUCCAAGCAACGAGGCCAUUACUCGUGGUGAUUUGAUUCCUACACAACAAGGCUUUGUUCAUGAGCAAUUACGUCAAUAUGGGAACGAUGUCAACCGCACCGAACUCGCGACUCAAGUAUUGAACUACUAUACCAAUCCCGAAGUGCCAGUUAUAACUACCUUGGUCCAUAAUUAUCUGACAUUCAACCACUGGCAUUCAGAUGUCCCAGGACCUACCAACCCAAAUCGUGCGUGUGUUCUCUCUGGCACCUCAGCUGGUCACGGUACCGACGAUGAUGCAUUUGAUUCCAGUGUACACGGCUUAAAGCAGCGCUCCAUUUUUCAACAACUCUCAGAAACAAAUCAUACAUGGAAGAAUUACUACACAAAUACCGAUAUGAUCGAUGCCUACUUCUUCGACUGGACAUUCACCAGCAACAAUACUCACCUUGCCCAACCACUUAAGAACUUCCACUCCGACGCAGCUGCCGGUACUCUACCCGAAUUCAGUUUCAUCGACCCUUCUUGCUGUGGUCAAGGUACCAACUCGAUGCACCCAACAGGACUAAUCUCCGACGGAGAGGCCUUUAUCAAAGAAGUCUACGACUCUCUUCGCGCGAGUCCACAGUGGAACGAUACAUUAUUAAUUCUGACCUUCGAUGAAACGGGUGGGUUUCAUGAUCAUGUUCCACCACCACUAGCUACACGACCCGAUAACCUCACAUACAGUGAGAUUGCACCUAGUGGCGAGGAAUACAUUUUCUCAUUUGAUCGACUUGGUGGUCGGGUUCCUACAUUACUCAUCUCACCGUGGGUUUCUAAGGGUCAGGUUGAACAGAAAGGAUUUAGUUCGAAUGGGGAGAUGGUCUCGUAUUCUGCUUCCUCUAUCCUGCGUAUACUGGGCUAUCUUUGGGAUUUUGAGCCCUUUACGCCGCGUGUACGGGCUUCGGCUUCUUUUGAUCAUCUUUUUUUGUCGAGGAGGCGGGAUACCCCUGCGCAAAUGCCAAACCCAAAGGCGUUUACAGAGAGAUCUUGA